UCUUCAUGAAAGGUUACUAAAAAUGAAUUUGAAAACCUUGGCUGUCAAAAUUAUCUUGCCAAAUUUUGCACAUCAGUCCCUGAAGAGAAUAAAGGGCCAUGAAAAAUCAUUGCUACGUAAGUUUCAGGAAAGAAAUCAAUGCUUUGGUCCUGUAUCAUUAAAUAACAGUUGGCAGCGCCUCCCCCAAGAUAAAAAUAGGCUUUGUAAACGCAAUCUGACGAUUAUUUCAGACAUCGAUGAUUGCCUCAAUGUCAGCUGCAAACACGGCGGUUCCUGCAUAGAUGAAAUAAACAAUUUCUCCUGUUCUUGCCCUGCUGGGUAUACUGGAAUAUGGUGUGAAACCGACAUUGAUGAAUGUGUCUCCAAUAAAUGCGCGAAUGGUACAACCUGUCAGGAUGAUGUCAAUCAAUACACCUGCUUGUGUCAUGAAGGGUUUACAGGGCAUUUCUGCGAAAAUGAAAUACCAUUUGCAACGCCACCUCCUACAGAGAGUAGCAGCACUGAAAAGCCACCCACAGGGGAUACAUCAAGGCCUACAUCCGCAGAGAGUAUCAGCACUGAGAAGCCACCCUCAGAGAGUACCUCAAGACCUACAACCGCAGACGUGGCAGUUGAACGCAAGACGGAUUUUACUAUUGAAAUACGCGUCUCCGAAGAAUGGGAUGAUCGUUUAACUGACACAAGUAGUGAGAAAUUUAAAGAACUGGCAAUUCGGAUGAAGCAAGAGAUUCGGAAGGCGUAUUCUGGAGACUUUAAACUGAAAGAAGUUGUAAUAAUCUCAAUGAGAAAGGGUAGUAUAAUAGCAGAAUUUCAACUGAAGUUUGAUAAAGAAGUAACGGCAGAAGAGGUCCUUGCUCCGCUGAAAAAAGAAACAGCCGAUGGUAAACUGGGAAGUUUGAAAGUUGACCCAGCCUCUCUCAAGGAAACUGAUCGCAAGAAAGCUGACGAUGAUGAUGGCGAAGAAAAACCUAGUAUCGGCAGGCUGGUGAUAAUUGGUGCUUCUAUUGGUGGUCUCGUAGUUGUGGCCGUUCUCAUGAUCGGUUUCUACGUCUACUGCAAACGUACUGGAACCCCUAGCAACGGCGGUCGCUUUGAAGAUGGAAUGCCUGACGACGACCCUUGUGAGAAAUACGAGCUGAAACCAGCAGACGAUGAGAAAGAACACAUUACGAGCAUGGAAGAGAAAGGGAUACAUAACGAAGGAAUGGAAUAGAUCAGGCUUUCACUCCUUUAGAUUUGUCCCUCAUGUGAAUUUAUCAAACAUGCGCUUUUUUAGCAAUUACAACAGUGCUUCCUGAGUUUUCUUAAGGAAAAUUGCAUUCUCACGGAUAACUCUUUGGUGUUGUUUGUCGUUAGUGAUUUUAAUCUGUGUUGCUUAUGAUAUGGUUUUCUGAUAAACAGGUCACAUACAUCCUGUCCAUCAUGUAAUUAUAUUCUUCAGCGUAAACUAUUUUUAUCAUCUUUCUAGAGGUGUAAGUGGUUGUUUCUCUACCUUCCGCGUUUUUCUUAAAGUACUGCUUUAACCCGAAUAACUUAGUCACAAAUUAAUUUCCCAUUUCUUUUGAUGUUGAAAGAGUAAAAAAGCACUGUUACAGUAGCAAUCAUUAGGCCUGAGACCCACAGCUUAGUUGUAUUCGUAUUGUGUUUAGUAUUCAGCGUUUGCGGACGCACCUUUAAAUUACUACAUUUGAUUUCCUUUGCAUUUUCUAUACUGCUGUUUUUGCUGAAUAAAUGAAUAAAUUAAAGAAA